AUGAAGGUUCCCCCAAAUAAUAAACCAUAUGUCAAAAAAUCCACACAGUCACAAAAUAAAUCUUUAUCAGAAUCUAGUGCACAAAUACGAGCUUCAUUAGGAAGUACUCAGAAUAGUGGUUUUUCUUCAUCAUAUCCCCUUAAAUCUUAUUUUACUCCACACAUUAUUCAUUUAUGGUUAAAGAAUUUAGAGUCAAUAGUACAUCUUAAUGAAUCUUCGAAUAAAAAAUUAAAUUCAGACUUUAUUUCUUGGAAAUGGGUGAUUCAUCACCCUGAGGAAGAAAAUAAUAGCAAAAUUUUAAACAAUAAUUCUAAAUGCUUAAUUUCUCAAUAUAAUAUGUUACUUGAAAUUGAAAAGGAUCUCAUGAAAUUUGAUGAGUCAUUGGCAUUAUUGUGGGAUAAAAAUGUUAUCUCUCCACAUAGGCAUCCAUCAUAUAAAGUUUACAAUAGUAUUGAUAGUGAAACACUUCCUUAUUUGAGGUUUACAUAUGAAAACUUAAUUAAUUGCAAAGUGAAAAGUCCUGAUAGUGACUUUAAUUAUGGAUGUGAUUGUGAAGACAAUUGUCAGACUAAGAAAUGUUCUUGUGCAAAAGAUAAUGAUGGAGGAUAUCCAAUUCAAAAUGGAAGAUUAAUUAGAACAGAUGUUGGUGCAAUAUAUGAAUGCAAUUCAAAUUGUAAAUGUAAUAAAAAUUGUUCUUAUCGGAUUAUUCAGAAUGGAGGAAAGAACAAUGGAUUAUUUGAGAUUUUUAAAACUCCAAACAAGGGUUGGGGGCUUAGAACUUUGGUACCAAUUAGAAAAGGAUCAUUUGUGUUGGAACAUGUAGGAGAAAUACUUGAACCAAGAACAGCAAAAUUAAGAGAAGUAUGUUAUGAAAAAUUGGAUAUGAUGGCAUAUUUUGACUUGGAUUUUGGAUUUGAUGAAAAUGAAAAACUUAAAGUUCUCUGUGUGGAUUCAAAUUAUUGGUGUGGUGCUAGCAGAUUUUUAAAUCAUUCAUGUGAUCCUAAUUUGAUUACUAUUCCAUUUUUUGUUGAACAUAAAGAUCCAAGAUUUCAGAGAUUGGCAUUUUUUGCCAAAAAGAAUAUCACAACUCUUACUGAACUAACAUUUGAUUAUAAAAUUUCAUCUGUAAAAUUUGAAUGUUCUUGUGGAUCAAAUAUAUGCAGAUAUAAUAAAAAUACUGGCAGGAUAAACACAUGA